AUGAAUUGUUCCAGAGUGCUUUCACCGCUGCGAAGAUCAGUACUGAGGCGGUUUCUUCAUGGGAAACCACAAAUAAAGAUAAAUGGGAAAGUAUACGAUGAGCAUCCUGAAUACACAAAUGUUUCCAGCACUGUUUUGAACUUAAGUGACCGAUCACUACAUCUCAAGCCUGCACAUCCAGUCGGAAUUUUGAGAAAGCAAAUAGAAGACAAGCUUAAUUCUACCUCGAACUCUUUUCAACUUUACAACAAUUUUCGCCCGGUGGUGACUGUUGAAGAAAACUUCGAUUCCCUUGGCUUCCCACAAGAUCAUCCUGGCAGGUCUAAAAGUGAUACUUACUACGUCAACGACAAACACUUAUUCCGGACACAUACUUCUGCUCAUGAAGUUGAGUGUUUUGGCAACAUUCAAGAAUUUUGUCCCAAGGUUACUUCUAAAACACCCACCGAGAAGCCUGGGUUUUUGAUUACCGCAGAUGUGUACAGAAGAGACGAAAUUGAUAGAACUCACUACCCUGUAUUUCACCAAAUGGAAGGUGCUCGUGUCUGGAGAAGGUCGGCUGAAAAAUGUGCUGAUGGACAGGAACCUUUGCACAUUCAGAAGAUGCGUCACGAUCUAGCAAAAUUAGAGAAGCAGCUACGCGAAGAGAGUGGCAAUUUGGUGGUACAAGAUGAUGUCAGCUUGGAAGGCAAUCCGAAACAGAGCUACAUGUCAGACUUGGAAGUGGAUCUGUGCUCGCAACAUCUCAAGAGAAGUAUAGAACUAUUGGUGGCUCAAGUCUUCAACAAGAAACUGGAAUCGAUGGGUUGCAAAAAAUCGGAAGCCGAGUUUCAGGUACGCUGGAUCAAGGCCUAUUUUCCUUGGACCACUCCAUCGUGGGAAAUUGAAGUUUUCUGGCAAGGUGAAUGGCUCGAGCUUUGCGGGUGCGGUGUAGUUCGCGAGCAGUUACUGCUCAACGCCGGAUACGACAAAGACAGUACCAUCGGAUGGGCUUUUGGGCUGGGACUUGACAGAAUUGCCAUGCUUCUAUUCGAGAUUCCAGAUAUUCGUCUUUUCUGGACUCAGGACGAGAGAUUCCACUCACAAUUCCGCGAGGGUCAAAUUACCAAAUUCAAGCCCUACUCUAAAUAUCCAGGAACUACAAGAGACGUUGCAUUUUGGCUACCUCAGACUCAAGAAGCUUCUACUCUUUCUCCCAUUCACGAAAACGACAUCAUGGAAAUUGUCCGUGAGGAGGCUGGCGACAUGGUUGAAAGCGUAAAGCUGAUUGACCAAUUCACCCACCCAAAGACAAACAAAAAAUCGUUUUGUUACCGUAUCAACUACCAAUCUAUGGACAGAAACCUUACGAACAAUGAGAUUAAUGAGAUCCAAGAAAAUGUGCGUCGCGAAUUGGUUCAAAAAUACAAUGUCUCGCUACGCUAG